AUGGACAAGAAAUCGUCACGGGCUCUGAUGCUGAUUUUGACUACAUUCACCUAUCUACUACUGGGAGCAGCUGUGUUUGAUAUAUUGGAAAGUGAAACGGAAAGCUAUGUUCGGGAAGAGCUCGCAAUUGUUCGGGAAAAACUUCAAAGGAAAUAUAACUUUACUCGAAGAGACUUCGAGCUUUUCGAGUCGGUUGCUAUCAAGAGCAUUCCUCAUAAAGCCGGUUUCCAAUGGCAGUUUUCUGGAGCGUUUUACUUUGCAACAGUCGUCAUCACAACAGUAGGUUAUGGGCAUUCUGCACCGGAGACAAUGGCUGGCCGAUUCUUCUGUAUGAUCUUUGCCCUAGCAGGAAUACCAUUAGGAUUGAUCAUGUUUCAAUCGAUUGGCGAACGUGUCAAUACAUUUAUUGCUUUUUGGCUACAUAAGAUGCGAUUCUACCUGCAGUCUAACGGGGUCAACUGUUUCCACGAGGUCACACCGACACAUCUACUUGUUGUUUCACUUUCGAUCGGAACCAGUAUCAUUAUUAUUGGAACGAUCGUAUUCCAUAAAGAGGAACGUUGGACUCUAUUCGAUGCCUACUACUACUGCUUCAUUACCUUGUCAACAAUUGGAUUUGGCGAUCUCGUACCUCUUCAACAGGGAUCGGCCCUCCAACUUCAGCCCCUCUACGUGAUUUUCACCCUCCUGUUCGUCCUUCUGGGGCUGGCGGUCUUUUCGGCUUGUGUGAACUUACUGGUUUUAGGGUUCAUGGCCCCAAAUGCUGAUGUGGUGACGGCAGCUAUCAGAGAGCCACAAAGCACAAUUGUAUUUGAGCGAUUUGCAAGGUAA